GGAUAAAUGAAGUAAAACAAACCCUUUAUUUUAAGCUAAGAAAUUCCCCCAAAAACAAUGGCUUCUCAGCUAUAAAAUCACACUCACACCCACCAUUUUGUCUUACCAAACAACUCUAUAGAGUUUCAGUAAGAAGAAACAAACAACUGUUUUGCAGUUUCUUUUGAUUUCACAUCCAUGGCGGAGAGCAAGGAGGAGGAUGUUAAGCUCGGAGCAAACAAGUUCACGGAGAAACAGCCGCUGGGCACCGCCGCGCAGACAGACAAGGACUACAAGGAGCCGCCGCCGGCUCCGCUGUUCGAAGCAGGAGAGCUGAAAUCGUGGUCGUUUUACCGGGCUGGGAUUGCGGAAUUCGUCGCCACUUUCUUGUUUCUUUACAUCACGGUGUUGACGGUGAUGGGCGUGGGCAGAGCCAAGAACAAAUGCGCCUCUGUAGGGAUUCAGGGCAUUGCUUGGGCCUUUGGUGGCAUGAUCUUCUCUCUCGUCUACUGCACUGCUGGCAUCUCAGGAGGGCACAUCAAUCCAGCUGUGACAUUCGGGUUGUUCUUGGCGAGGAAGCUCUCGUUGACCCGGGCUGUGUUCUACAUGGUGAUGCAGUGCCUUGGAGCCAUCUGUGGAGCUGGAGUGGUGAAGGGUUUCAUGAAGGGGCCCUAUGAGACACUCAAAGGAGGUGCCAACUUCGUCAGCCAUGGCUACACCAAGGGCGAUGGCCUUGGUGCUGAGAUUGUCGGCACCUUUGUCCUCGUCUACACCGUCUUCUCCGCCACUGAUGCCAAGAGAAGUGCCAGAGACUCACAUGUCCCUAUUUUGGCUCCUCUCCCCAUUGGCUUCGCUGUUUUCCUCGUUCAUUUGGCCACCAUUCCCAUCACCGGAACUGGCAUCAACCCAGCCCGGAGCCUCGGAGCCGCCAUCAUCUACAACCGAGGUCACGCAUGGGACGACCACUGGAUCUUCUGGGUCGGGCCGUUCAUCGGAGCGGCUCUUGCUGCCGUGUACCACCAGAUAGUCAUCAGAGCCAUUCCUUUCAAGAGCAGGGCUUGAUUUCAAACUGUUUCCUCAUGCAUUUUACUCUAUCUCUCUUUGUGUUUGAAAACACUGAAAUUUGUGUGUAAAUUAUGAGAGGCUCUAUGUAUGUAUCUUAUGUUUCUUAUUAAUGAAAACAAGUAUUCUAACA